UUUUUUAAGCAAGCCGAAAAGCGUUACGCAGAAAUAACUUGAUUUACGUCGCAACAUAACGCAAUACCUACAUUUCACCGCUUGACCCAGAUAAGGCAGCUCGGGCGUCGAAGUUGGGCAUUGCAUUUUAGGUAGCAGACAAUGCAGUUUGUGCAGAAACGCCGGAGCAGUGAUCACAACAUGGGAAAGAAGCAGAAUACCAAACCUAAGAAGGAUUCACAGGAUGCACAGGACGAACCUGAAGAGUUUGUUGUGGAAAAAGUGCUGGACCAACGUCUUGUAAAUGGAAAAGUAGAGUUCUUCUUGAAGUGGAAAGGAUUUACAGAUGCUGACAAUACUUGGGAGCCAGAGGAGAACCUGGAUUGCCCGGAGUUGAUCUCAGCGUUUCUGGAAGCACAGAAGGAAGUAAAGGAGAAACCGGCUCCUGUGAAGAGGAAGGCGUCAACAGACGAGCCUGAAACUGCAGCCAAAAAGAAAGAUGUGGCUGAGAAACCACGAGGAUUUGCAAGGAACCUCGAACCAGAAAGGAUAAUCGGUGCAACAGACAGCAGCGGGGAAUUGAUGUUCUUGAUGAAAUGGAAAGAUUCAGAUGAAGCAGACUUGGUUCCGGCCCGCGAGGCCAACACACGCUGCCCACAGGUGGUCAUUACCUUCUACGAGGAAAGACUGACAUGGCACUCCUGUCCAGAGGAUGAAGCUCAGUAGUACGUCCCUCUGGUCUCUGUAGUCCCUUGCACUACCUGCGCCCUUUUCCUCAGGACUGAAUUUUCUCCUCUAGCUUGCCUUAGUUUUAGCUGUUUUAGUUAUUUUUACAAGAUGUUCCAACACUCUUUUUGUGGCAGUCAAGGAGAGCUAUGAUGUUCAUAACAAGCUGAAUUGAUUGUGUGAGAGCUGAUGAUGGUGUUGUGAUGUAUAAUGAAUUAAGUCUUCCAUUAUCAUAUGAUUAUGAUUGAAGUUUUGGUCGUUUGGAAACCACGAUGGUACCUGCCAUCGCCCAUAUUCAUUCCUGGUUAAAUUUAAUAAAUUCUGAAUUGUUACUUUGGUAUGUUUGUGUCAACCACAAGUUGUAACCAUCUCAAUCUGAUGUAAGAUGAUGUUUUUUGAAACUUUUUUUUUUCACUUUAGUCCUAAUAUUCCGUUCUAAAAGUGUUUUGUAUACUCGUUUUGUAAAUAUUGUUUGAAGUUCUAAUAAAGGUUUUAUGUGACCAAAUUUCACUGCUGUAUG